CAUGAAUAAGAAGUUUGAGACCUCUAGCAGAGAUCCUACAAAGCAACCUGAAUCUAUUUUACCAUUUGUAAUUGAAGAACUUCCAUCUGAAUACCUCGAUAAAGGAUUAAAGAUUAAACUAAAUGAAUAA